AUGCUUAAUUCUGAUUUGGCAAAACCUGAAGUUGACCUGGCAGUUUGUGAAUAUACAGAUAUUCCAAUGCAUGUAUCCUUAGCAACAUAUGAAUAUACAUUUGACUCUUGGACAAAUGACUCUAGAUAUUUAUAUUCGCAUGAAAAUAUGCACAAAGAAAUCCACGAAUUAAACGUUUUAAUGCGAUCCAAAAUUCCAUGGAUUUCGGUAUUCUUUAUUUCAGCAUUUUCAUAUGCGAUUAUGCUUAUUUGUUUCAUGGUGUUAUUCCCAGUAUACAGAUAUGAGGAAUAUUCAUCAUUGGCAUUUACAGUUUCUUGUAUAUUUUUGGUUGCAUUUAUACACUAUAUGAUGUGUAUUAUAUGUAGAUAUUUAAUAACUAAAAAUAUUAUUUUAUCACUCGAAUCAAAAAUCAAAGAAUUAAACAAAAAGUAUAAACAUGAACAAAUAUAUUUUAAGCUUAUUAAUUUUCGAGGACUUGGAUUUAGAUAUUUAAAAUUUUUGCCAAUUUUCAAAAAUAACAUUUAUUUUACCUUACGAGUUGUCUAUAUAUAUUGUAAAAUAAUUUAA